AUCUUCAGCGUCUCUGGAUUUGCUUCUCAUUUUCACAGCCCCCUUCACACAGAGAGCUUGACCAGCUGCUCAUUUUUUCGGGUUCAAAUCUUUUUGGUCACUUUUACCAAAAUGUCUGAUCCUCAAGAUGGACCCCUGCUCCUGGCUCCCAGCGUAACAGCAUCAACAGGGAGCUCCAACAAGCAGGCUCUGAAGGUGACGGCACUGACCCUGCUCGCCACUCUCCUCAUCGCAGGCCAGGCUUUCACCACCUACAUGUUGUUCAACCAGAAGGAAAGGCUGAGCACUCUGGAGAGCCACUCUGUCCGUCUGGAGGAGCUCGGCCGCAGGGCCUCAGUCAUGCGCAGCCCCAUGAAGAUGGCACUGCCCAUGAACUCCCUCCCUCUGUUGAUGGACGAAGCUGUCCCUGAGAAGAAGGCCCCGUCCACUCCUGCUCCCAAAAAAGAACUGACCCCGUGCCAGCAGGAGGCUGCAGGUUUGGUGCACGUCCCCUUGCGCUCCUACAAGCCCAGCUGCGAUGAGAAUGGAGAUUAUGAGGCUCAGCAGUGCUGGCAAGCGGCCAACAAGUGCUGGUGUGUGGACAAGAGCGGAGCCAUGCUUAGAGACUCUAUGGUAGAUGGCCCUGCUGACUGUGGCAAAGCCAAAGAAGUUGGAGCCUUGGAGUAAGAUGUGAAUCUGCAGCUUUACGAAGAUUUCUUUCUCAUUUCUCUUUUCCUCUCCACAACAAUGCAUGCUACUUUAGUUUUAAAGCUUUAAGAUGCAGAGUGCAAAAUACUUGGGCUUUAACAUUAUACAUUUAUUAUGAUGCUUGGAUAAAAAUACAGCUUCCUUAGCAAGUAGAUCCUCACUUAUCACUUCUUAACUGUAUAGAUGAGGUUAUAUUGAAGAGUAGACUGUACUGUAUCGUCUUGAUUACUGGUUAGUUCUAGAAACUGUCCUUCUCUGUCAACAUCUUAUUUAAGAUCAAGUUAAGAUUGAUUACUAACCCUUUUCAUUUUUGAUACCAUGUGAAAUGACAGGGAAUGCCGCAUGGAGGAAAUAGAAGGAUAAAUAACCUCGACAAUUGGAAAUGGGUUCAAAUAAAUUUUUUACUAACAACA